UGGCAACCGGGCCUGCCAGCUGUCCAUCAGAGGGCAGCGUUUCCUGCCGCCGCCGUGAUUGUCUCAGUUCCAGUAAAUCGCUUCGCUGUCUUCAGUUCGCGCGUUCUGUUUCCCCCCACCCUCUCUUUUUCUGUGUCUAUUCUUUAUGCUCGCCAUUUAAAGUAUUGAUCGAUGCAGGUCAACAUGUUGGGAAAAGGCACAAAGCGUAAAUUUCCUGAAGAGCAAGCUGUAGAUGCCUGCCCUGAUUCUGUUGGUAGCAGUCUUAAUUUGCCAUAUAAUUUGCAACGCCAGUCACUUCUAAACAUCUCAUUGUUCAAACUUCAGCUCUGCAAGAUGGUGGUGGAACCAAAUCUUUGUCGUUCAGUGCUUAUAGCCAAUACCGUACGACAGAUUCAGGAGGAAAUGAUACAAGACUGCAGUUGGCAGGGACAAAUGGCUUUCACAGGAAGUGAUCUGUACAUAGAUCAUACUACUUCAGAUAGUCUAAUUGCCACAGAUUUUUUAUGUAGCCCAAACAAAGAGCUACAUGUAGAAAGUACCACUCCUUCCAUCCGCAAUACCGACACACUUACUAAAAGCAAGGUAAACUGUUCAUCUUGUGAGAAUAUUACUUGUUCUUCAGCUACUGCUUCUGCUAAAGACACCAGUGCUGUAAAAGAUUUGGUCCAAGCACAUUUUGAAAAUGAUCUGAAUAUGUUGGAAUCUGAGGAGCAGCAAGUGGAUCUGAAGGAGUGUCCAAAGCCCUUGGAUCAAGUGUUUGGGACUUUUGAGAUUGCAAAUUACUCCAGUUCUCUCACAGAUAUGACAAUAGAUGAUCUAUUUGCUGAUAUUGACACUUCUUGGCAUGAGCUUGACUCAGUGAUGUCUGGGCUGAUGACUGGUCCAAAAACAACACCAGUCAUAUUUGAAUUACUAAAUGGUUUACCAUCUCACACAUCAACACCCAUAAAUUCUCCCCAAAACUGCAAAACAGAUUUAAAUGAACUUGAUCACAUCAUGGAGAUCAUUGUUGGGUCCUAAAUUUAAGAGUUUUCUCCAUUCUGUUGGAAGAUAAUUGUAAAAUACAUAGCUACCCAAUUCUGUUUUCAGUUUUAUCUCUUUUGUAAAAUUUAUUAUCUUGUCUCCAAAAUACUGUCAUCACUAAUGUUCGGAUAAUACCUUUUGCACGCAACACUUUCAUUGCGUUUGUUCUUCUACUUGUAGUUAAAACAAAAAUGGUACAUAUUUUCAUACAUUUUUAAAUAUAUAUAUUUUAAUACUGAUUAGAUUUUUUACAGUUUCAAAAGUUUCCUGUUUAUUUUUAUUUGAACAGGUAAUUUUGAAAUAUUAUUCUAUAUCAAAAAAUAAGAUUCAAAGAGGAUUUAUAAAAUGUCUUCCUUAGUGUUAAGUAGAGAUCAUCUUUUGUGUUGUCUAAACAGACCAGUUACAUUUCAGAAUUGCCAUAUAAAUGGAAUUCUUUCAUCUCUCCAUGGCAAAUCCAAAAAAUAGUUUAAAAGGGAAUUUUUCAGUGUACUCGCAUUGUUGGCUUACAAGCACAGUAUUCCGAGUUAUAAUCUUUGAAAUCAUUGGAUGAAACUUUUAUAUAUGCUAUAAUGGUAUUGAAUU